AUGCCUCGGAACGAGCGUCUUUUCGACCCCAAUGCGUCCAUCGUGCUGGUGGGCUGCCGGGGCGCCGGCAAGCGCACCCUUGGCUUCAUGGGCGCUCUGCACCUACGACGCCGCUUGGUUACGGAGGAUCACUUUUUUGAAAAGCUGACUGGCUUGACUCGCGGCGACUAUCUGGCUCGACAUGGUCGCGAGCAAUUUGCCCGGACGAACAUGGAUGUGUUCAGGAAAAUGCUUGAGUCAAAUUCAACAGGCUGCAUCAUUGAAUGCGGUAUGAGCAGUCUUGCCGAGGAAGCCCAGGAGAUGCUGCGCGAGUACUCGAAGACACAUCCAGUUGUGUACGUUCACCGCGAGCCCGAACAAAUUACUAGGCUUCUCGAUCCCGACGAUGCCGCUCAACUCCUGCAGGCUGAUGCCAGACAUCGCGCCUGCUCCAAUUAUGAGUACUACAACUUGUACGACUCGACGACUGCUUACGACAGCUCGUCGCCUGCCUCACGGGCGGCAUCACCUACAGGGCUUCGGCAACCCGGCCCAUCCAAGCUUCUAUGUGUUCAGGAGGACUUUGCGCGUUUCCUCGACAUCAUCACUGGCCGUGGGGCCACCAAAGCCUGGCUAGAAAGCCCCUUUUCCGUGGCUGCCAUCCCGCCAGAGUUCAGGUCCUAUUCAUAUGCCCUGCGUCUACGCCUAUCCUACUUGGUCGACAUGGAUCUCGAUUGGGAAGACUUCGAGGCAAAGGGAGACUGUGUCGAACUGAUCAUUGACCACUGGCCCGGUGAUAUGGUAAAUGUCAUCGCUCGGCAAGUUGCCUUAAUCCGGCGAAAGUUGCGAGUUCCCAUCAUCUAUCACGUCGAGGAGAACCCCCGUGGUGAGCGCCGUCGCUCACAAGAGGAGCGUGAUAGCAUGGACUCAGAGUUACUAGAAUUGGGCCUUCGCUUGGCCGUCGACUACAUCAGCAUCGAUCUUCAGCGCAGUGAUGCUCUGAUCGACCGCGCUCUCCGGCGUCGUGGCCGUUCCAAGGUCAUCGGGAACUACUGCUACAUGGGGUUCGGGGCCCUGCCCUGGCAAGACGACCGCCAGCUCGAGAACUACCGUCGGGCUCAGAGCUUAGGGUGCGACAUUGUGAGAAUGAUGCGGUUUUGCACAAACGACAGCCCUGUCGAGUACCUGGAAGAAUUCAAAAAGCGUUUGAACGAGGCAAUACCGGAGCCGAAACCCCCGCUUGUUGCUUUUGACUUCUCAAUCCUCGGCGUGAGGACUCCUCUUCAGACUCGCAUCCUUGGCCCUGUCAAACACCCGGACAUGGAGAACGAGCGUGAGCAUCUCGCAACAGUUACGACAGCACAGCACUCCUUCCGGCAGCUCUUCCAUCAGUUCCUUCUUGAUCCUCUCAACUUCUACGUGCUCGGCUCCAAUGUCAGCUACUCACUCUCUCCUGCAAUGCACAGUGCGGCAUAUGACGCCACUGGCAUGCCGCACACCUUCCAGGCUGUCGACAUUUCGACACUCGACCAACUCAAUGCCAUCUGUUCCGCCGACUCAUUUGGUGGUGCAUCCCUGACUGCUCCCUUCAAAGUUGCAGUCAUGCCGCACUUGAAGGUCAAGUCCGCCCAUGCAAACGCCAUUGGGGCCGUGAACGUACUUCUUCCUUUGCGGGGAAGGACGCCGGCUAUUCUGGAUCAUGCAAACUCAAGAAACAAAGCUGGUCCGGCCAGGGAGUUUUAUGGCGAUAAUACCGACUGGAGCUCGAUUCUGACCUGCCUGAGGAGAGCGAUCAGCCCCAGGAAUCACGUUCAGCCUAGCCGGACUACGGCGUUGGUCGUUGGCGCUGGCGGUAUGGCUCGUGCCGCGAUCUAUGCCUUGUACCAGCUCGGCUGCCGGAACAUCUUUGUGUACAACCGGACGGUAGCGAAUGCGCAGGCUGUUGCAGCACAUUUUAAUUCAUGGGCUGCUCAGCAACAACAACAACAACAACAACAACAACAACAACAACAACAACAACAGGCUUCUUCCAACAUUCCUACGGUGAAUGGGCAUGUCGGAGGGGGUAAUCGUGAGAUUGUCCGAGUCCUAGGCUCACUAACAGACCCAUGGCCGACCGGGUUCCAGCAGCCGACCAUGGUUAUCUCUUGCGUUCCAGCGACAGUUGGGCCGGAUGGAGAGCCCCCAGCCGAUUUUGUGAUGCCGCUGGACUGGCUGAGGAGUCCUACAGGAGGUGUAGUUGUCGAGCUGGCCUACGAGCCCCUCGUUACGCCCCUGGUAGCUCAAAUGCGCUCCCUCGCCGCCAGAGCUUCCCCCCAGAGCCCCCAGCUAAGCUCUUCGCCAUCAAGCAAUGGCAAUGGGAUCAACGCCACCAACUGGGUUGUCGUCGACGGACUCGAGGUCGUCGCCGAGAUGGCUAUCGAGGCCUUCGAGCUCAUGACCGGUCGCAUGGCCCCCAAGAGGUUGAUGAAGGAAGUGUGCUGGAAGGGCUGGGAGGCACAACAGCUCGAACGGAGGACGCAACGACAGCAAACAUAA